AUGGCAGAAGACAGCAGUUAUGAGUCUAUUUUAUGCGUAAAACCCGAGGUCCAUGUUUAUCGCAUCCCACCAAGGGCUUCUAAUCGCGGAUAUCGGGCUGCAGACUGGAAACUAGAUGAACCUGCAUGGAGUGGCAGGAUGAAAAUAACAGCCAAAGGCAAAAUGGCUAUUAUCAAACUGGAGGACAAAAACACAGGAGAGCUGUUUGCCUUAGCACCAGUUGAGCAGUAUCCAGAUGUUGCUGUUGAAGCUGUGACUGAUUCAAGCCGAUAUUUUGUGGUCAGGAUAGAUGACGGAAAUGGCCGUCAUGCUUUUAUUGGAUUGGGUUUCGCUGAUCGAGGAGAUUCAUUUGACUUCAACGUUGCCUUACAAGACCAUUUUAAAUGGGUGAAACAAGAAGGUGAACUUGCAAAACUAGAAGCAUCCCAGAUCAAUGCACCAAAGCUUGAUCUUGGUUUUAAAGAAGGCCAGACGAUAAAAAUCAGCAUUGGGAACAUAAAGAAAAAGGAGGCCGGUGCUGCCAAACUAAGGCCGGCGGGUGGAGGCCUCUUGCCACCUCCACCUGGUGCAAAAGUUGGAGGAGGAAUCAUCCCGCCUCUUGUGCAGACAGCUCCAAUUGUCCAGACAAACAUGGCCUCUGUUCUAGACCUUGGUUCUCCUGUCUCCAGUGCACCUCAACCCAGUUCAGACGUAUGGGGAGAUUUCACAUCAGCAGGCUCCAACUCCAAUAAAGACUCUGCUAAAACAGAAUGGGUGCAGUUUAGCUGA